GGAGGGAGCGGAGAGGCCAGGACGGAGCCGGGGGAGACGAAGGAGAAGGGGGUGUGAGCCUUCAGGGUCACGUGGCCUAAUAUCCGUCUCUCUUCUCCCUUCUUCCUCUGUGGUUGGAGGAGGUGGUGAUCGUCCUUUCAUGCUGCAGUCUGGGAUGUGCGUAAAAAGGAGCUGGCCUACCCUGGAUAACGCUACCCUAGACCUCUGUCGACCACGAAGCUUAUAGCAUCCCGUCUUUGAAAUAUUUCAGCAUAACACAGGUGGCUCCAUGUCACAAUUUCCAGACUCCUGGGGACUAUUCCAGCAGGAUAUACAACAUGACCUGGAUAUUGAAAUGGAGCCUGUGGCUGCUUGCCCAUCCUUUCCUGAUCCAACCAGUGACUUUGAUAGGAACGUUCCCCGCAUCUGCGGUGUCUGCGGAGACAAAGCUACUGGCUUUCAUUUCAACGCUAUGACAUGCGAAGGCUGCAAAGGAUUCUUUAGGAGGAGCAUGAAAAGAAAAGCAAAAUUCACGUGUCCGUUCAACGGUGACUGUAAAAUCACCAAAGACAACCGACGACAUUGCCAAGCAUGCCGGCUGAAGCGUUGCAUCAACAUAGGCAUGAUGAAAGAAUUUAUUCUGACAGACGAAGAGGUUCAGAGGAAAAGAGAGAUGAUAAUGAAGAGGAAGGAAGAGGAAGCUCUUAAAGAGAGCUUGAAGCCCAAGUUGUCUGAGGAGCAGCUGCGGGUCAUUGAGAUUCUCCUGGAAGCCCACCGCAAAACUUAUGACGAGACUUACUCGGAUUUCAGUCAGUUUCGGCCUCCUAUUAGAAGUGAUUCUAGCAAAAGAAGUAUGAGCAGAUCUUCGUCCUUCAUGACACAAGGAUUCUCCUCAGAUGAUUCUUCAGACACUUUUAACUCCUCUCCAGAGCCCGGGAUGUUCCUGAAUCUGCAGCUGAGUGACGACAGUGAUGACAGUGCGUCCAUGGCCAUGGACUUCUCUCACCUCUCCAUGCUGCCUCACCUGGCUGAUCUGGUGAGCUACAGCAUCCAGAAAGUGACCGGAUUUGCAAAAAUGAUUCCGGGAUUCAAGGAUCUCACAGCAGAGGACCAGAUUGCACUAUUGAAAUCCAGCGCCAUUGAAGUAAUCAUGCUCCGUUCAAAUCAGUCGUUUUCACUGGAGGAUAUGUCGUGGACCUGUGGCAGCAAUGAGUUCAAAUACAAAGUCAAUGACGUCACACAAGCUGGCCACAACAUGGAAUUGCUUGAACCUCUUGUUAAAUUUCAAGUUGGCCUGAAGAAACUGAACCUGCAUGAAGAAGAGCAUGUGCUCCUAAUGGCCAUCUGCAUCCUUUCUCCUGACCGCCCAUUUGUGCAGGAUACUGCUCUAGUGGAGUCCAUCCAGGAUCGCCUUUCGGAAGUCCUGCAGACGUACAUCCUCUGUCGACAUCCACCCCCGGGCAACCGCCUGCUGUAUGCCAAGAUGAUCCAGAAACUUGCCGACCUGCGGAGCUUGAACGAGGAGCACUCCAAGCAGUACCGCUGCCUCUCCUUUCUGCCCGAGCACAGCAUGCAACUCACGCCGCUAGUCCUUGAGGUCUUUGGCAACGAGAUCUCCUGAUUUUUGUGGGAUUAGGGAUGAAAAUCAUCAAACUUUUAAGCAAGGAGCCAACCCGGCCUCCCACUGGUGGCAAGCUGGGAGCUUUUAGGCCCAUGAAGUUCUGUACAUUCUGUAAGCAAAAGAGUUUUGAUUUUUUUUUCCCACACUACUGGAGGGGGACUGUGUUGUUUGUACAUCUUCAGUCUCAUGUUUUUGCCUUGCUGCUGAGCAGCAGCCCACAAGCUUCGCAACCCCCUGCCCUGCCCAUCCAAGCUGAACCACCUCCUUACUUGCUGCUUUACCACGAUGAAACCGCUUUUCGUUCUCUUCAAUGUUGAGCUUUCUAAACCAGCAGCUG